CAACUGUUAGUCUCCUAAUCGGCAGUAUUCUGUUCCUCCAUUCCGCUAGCUAUUUAAACAGUUCACAAGGGUUUUUUAAUCCUCCCACAAAAGAAAGGGUGAGAGUGAGAUACAGUAUGCACAAUGGAAGUGCAAAGUAACAGUAGAAAACCUCAUGUCGCCAUUUUCCCAUGCGUAGGAGUCGGCCAUUUCGUCCCAAUAGCUCAAUUCGCAAAGCGGCUCUGUCUUAACCACGGCUUUUCUGCAACUGUAAUAACGAGCAAGUGGAUGCAGCCAGACAAGCAAGUCACAUACGCCCAUUACUUGGCAUCUUCCGGCCUUGACAUCCACUUUACAGAGCUUCCCGACGUGGAUUUCCACGACGAGCACGACCAGCAUAUGAAGAUCGAAACUCGCAUAUCAAAGUACAUGGAGAAAGCUGCACCACAUGUUGGGGAUAUUCUCCACUCCUUGCUUAGUUCCUCUUUGCCCAUCUCUGCCUUUGUUACAGAUUUCUUCUGCAGCGCCACUUUCGAUGUUGCAGCCAAGCUAAGCAUACCCACUUACUUAUUCUUCACGUCCGGUGCGCGUAUGCUUUCUCUUUUGUUAAGCUUUCCCAAAUUGGCUUUAGAGCAAGACGUGUCGUUUAAAGACGAGGAAGAGUAUCCGAUCAACGUACCAGGGGUUCCACUAUUUUCUGCAAGGGAUCUGCCCGAGCCAAUCAAAGACAGAUCUGAUCAAGCUUUUCACUGCUUUGUCCACCAUUGCUCUCGCCUUCCAGAAGCUGCUGGGAUUCUGAUAAAUACUUUCGAGGACCUGGAAAAAGAAGCUUUAGAAGCCCUCGAAGAAGGUAAAGUUCUCAGCUCUUCCCGAGUGCCCUCAAUCUAUUCAAUCGGUCCCGUCAUAUCGGAGAGUCACGAGACACACGAAUGCCUGGAGUGGUUAGAUCGACAACCUCCCUCCACUGUUGUGUAUGUUUCCUUUGGAAGCGGGGGUUUCCUGUCGAGGGAGCAGAAUGCAGAAGUAGCGCAUGGACUGGAAACAAGCGGUCGUCGGUUUCUGUGGGUGGUGCGUGGAGAGAAUAAGUUUCUCACCUUCAAUCCCAACCAGGAUACGAACCUUUCAGAGCUUUUACCCAAUGGUUUCCUGAGUCGAACCAGAGACAGAGGGCUUGUGGUUCCCAAUUGGGCUCCUCAAGUUGCGAUUCUCUCUCACCCGUCCAUUGGAGGCUUCCUUUCUCACUCCGGUUGGAACUCUACACUAGAAAGCAUUUCGAAUGGGGUUCCCAUGAUCUGCUGGCCUCUGUUUGCUGAACAAAAGUUUAACAGAAUUAUGCUGGUUAACCACGACAAGGUUGCCAUAGAUGUGAAGAUGGAAAGAGAUGUGUUUGUACCGAGAGCGGAAGUGGAAAGAGUAGUGAGGGCACUGAUGGAAGGAGAAGAGGGGAUUAAAGCAAGGGAGAAUGUGCGUGUAGUGAAGGAAAAGGCAAAGCUUGCGUUGAUGGAAGGAGGGAGUUCGUACAAGUCCAUGGCCAUGGCCGCUGCUUGUUUCGCGCAGAAGUAAGAGUUUAAAUGGUACUGGACUGUCACAAAGGUAUGGUUAGUUAGCUGUAUUGUUAUCUGUAUGAUGUAUAUGUCCAUAUAACGUUUAUUUCACAAUACUUCCGCAGAAUGUCUAUUUAGUUUAGUCUUAAAAAUACUGAUUUUAUAUGAUCACAUUGUUUGAGAUAAUGAUGGCAACUGGAAUGUUUUGUUCUGGGAAUCUAUGCCUUAGAUAUACCUAUAAAUCUAAGCAAUUUUUUCAGGUAAUUUACAAUGAUCAGGCAUAAUAUUUUCUUUUCAUCAGAUUAAAUAUGUUCUUAAUAUGUUUUUCUUAAACUCUUUA